ACACCAAUUCUUUCUUUAGCACUAUUAUUAUUAUUAUUAUAUUUAUGUGGUUUGCUGCCUAUAUUAACGUUACAUACAUUACACAAUGCAGCGCCAGCACCUGUUCCCAAAUGCAUGGACUAAUUCUACUCACUAGCAGAGAUGCAUAAAAUUUCUUAUAUAUUUUUCUCCCCUUUCUUUUUCCCUUCAUUUAUAUCUCUGUGCAUUUUGCAUUCAAAGCUAUCAACUGCUCUAUAUCAGAAGCUGCAAAUGGGUGAAAUGGCAUUAAAUGAUCUUUAAGACUCUGAGGAUUUUGCUAGUUUUUAAUUAAUAGAAAGUAUAUUGCUUUGUUGGUGCAUAUUUUCAUGGGGAAAGUUGUAGGAAGCUCUUGGUUGGCUGCUGUUAAAAGGGCUUUCAGGUCACCGACCAAGGAUAAUAGCAAGAGAAGCAGUAGGAGGAGAGAAGAUCAAGAACAAGAGGAUGAAGAAAAGAAGAGAGGAAAAAGAAGAUGGAUAUUCAGGAAGCUUUCAACUCAGGAAACAGUUAUACAACAUUCUGCAGAAAAGAGCGUAACCACUACAACUACUAACAAUAUCAUGGCGACUGCUAUCAGUGAAGCUGCUGAUGCUGAGCAAAGACACGCCCUUGCAGUUGCCAUGGCCACAACAGCUGCUGCUCAAGCAGCAGUUGCAACAGCCCAAGCAGCAGUGGAAGUGGUUAGGCUGACCAGGCCUUCCCUUUUUGUUAAGCAACAUUAUGCUGCUAUUGUUAUACAGACAGCUUUUAGAGGAUAUCUGGCAAAAAGAGCUCUUCGGGCCCUGAAGGGACUGGUAAAGCUGCAAGCCUUAGUGAGAGGACACAAUGUUAGAAAACGAGCAAAGAUGACUCUUCACUGCAUGCAAGCACUAAUGCGGGUGCAAGCUCGAGUAAGGGAUGAACGUAAUAGGCUUUCUUAUGAAGGAAGCACAAAUUCCAUCACGAGUGACCCCUCUAUUAGUUUGUGGGGGUCAAAUCUUGCUGACAAUAGGAAGUCUAUUUCUAGAGAUCUAAACAGCAUUGCUAAUGACUGGAUCCAUUUGGCUGAUGAACACCAAGAGUCGCUAGAGGAGAUUCAAGAAAUGUUGCAGGAAACAGAAGAAGUUGCAGUGAAACGAGAAAAGGCUCUUGCUCAUGCUUUCUCUCACCAGAUAUGGAGACCAAGUAGAGACACAUACGCAAGCGAAGGAGAAUUAGAAGAGAAAUCCAGAAGGCAUCAUGACCAUUGGCCAGUUAGGAUUCAAUGGGAGAACAGAGGGAGAGCUUCAACAGAUUAUAGAGACCCUAUCAAAAUUGUUGAAGUCGACACCUCUCAACCUUACACUUUCUCAACCCCAAGUAUCGGUAGAUCCCAUCAAGAUCGGCACUACCAACAACAAAGGCCUAGUUCAUAUUCUGUUGCCUCUCCUCUUCCAAGACCUCAUAAUAACUUCCCACUCCAGUCACUGAUCACACCAUUCCCGUCCAAAACAAAAGCACUUCAAGUUCAUUCUGCUAGCCCUCGCUGCCUAAGGCAAGAUAGGAACCAUGACAUAAAUGCAACUUAUACUCCGAUUAGUGCUGUUGCUACUACUAAUUCAAUGCCUAACUACAUGGCUGCUACUGCAUCUGCAAAGGCUCGUUUUCGAUCACAAAGUGUACCAAGGCAAAGACCCUCAACCCCAGAAAGAGAGAAGAUGAGUACCGCCAAGAAACGCCUACAUUUUCCAGUUCCUGAUCCGAUAAUUACAAGCAACAGCAACUGUAGCAAUAUUUAUGAUUAUGGCUUGAGAAGCCCAAGCUACAAGGGUAUCCAUGGAGCCUGUCAUGGAAUGGAACAGAGGUCAAACAUGUCUUCUUGUUGCACAGAGAGUAUUGGUGAUGAGGUAUAUUCUCCUUCGAUCAAUGAUCUUAGCAGGUGGCUAAGGUAAGAUAAUUAAGCAGUCAAGCUAGUGGUAAUUAAGGUGGAUAACAAGCUUUGUACGCUUCAUGAUAUUAGAUAAUAAUUUUUUAUUUGAGAAUUUGAAGUUAAUUAGCUAGAUCAAAUUUCACAAUAUGAAGACGAGAAUUCUAUAUGAGCAUAUGAAUUUUUGUGACUUUUCAUGAUGUUCAUACGAAUAACUACUUCAAGGGAACUCGAGCAGAUGAGACAAUCUAUGGCAGUCUUUCACCGCUUUUGAGAGCUUUCA